AUGGGAAGAUGCUGCCGCGGAAGCCGACAACCUCGUGUACACGGCUUGGGGGCACAUGGCAUGGGGAAGCAUGGUCAGGUGUUGCUCGUGUUCUCCGCUGCGGUGUCCAUCAUUCUAGCUUUGCAAAAUCGAGCAGGUUGCGGCUGGGUGACGCAGAGAGCACGUUCAGAGCUCACGGAACACAGCAGAAGAGCUUUGGUGGUCGUCACAGAUGUGGAUGGGACCUUGAUGAAUUCAUCCAAUCAGCUGCCAGCCGCAAACUGCGAGGCCCUUCGUCGUUGCGUGCAACAGGGUGUUCCAGUCAUCUUGGCAACUGGCAAGCAUCGCGGCCCCUGGGUUCGUCGUUUGCUGGAUCAGGUGGCUGAUCCAAUCGUUCAAGCCUUGUCCGAGUGGACGCUGAAUGCUCCUGGAGUAUUUGUGCAAGGAUUGCGUGUGUGCGAUUCUGCUGGGCAGGUCGUGGUCGCCAACGUGCUGCCGGCCAGUGUGUUUCAUGCUUGUGCUCGCCUGGCAGAGCGCAAAGCGUGGACACUGUUGGCUUACACCGAUUCCGACCAGAUCAUCAGCAAUCGAGCAAGCCCUCUGAUCCAAGUCAUCAACGCACUCGGUGAACCACCUGUGACGUUUGGCACUGUGGACGAAAAUACCAGAAUUCACAAACUUCUUUUUCUCGGAGACCCUUCGAUGGAAAAGGUUGUCAGGGUUGAGGUGGAAGCGACGAUCGGUGCAGAGGCAUCUCUCACGGUCGCCAUAGCAGGCAUGGUGGAGGUCUUGCCGAAGGGGAUUUGCAAGGCCGACGGUGUCAGGCAAGCUUUGAAAAUUCUGGAUGCUGAUCCAAGUGAUGUCCUCGCGUUGGGGGAUGGCGAGAAUGAUGUUGAGAUGCUUCGCGAGAUACGUCGCGGCGGUGGCAUAUCAGCAGCCGUGCAGAAUGCACGGCCGAUGUUAAAAGAGGUGGCCGAGUACACGGUCGCUUCCUGUGAUGAGGUGCUUCUGCAGGAUUGGCAGGUCCGAGCAUUCGUCCAGGAUAUUCUCACCCGUGACUGCUACGAGACUUUACCAGACAGGCGUCCAGUAACCUGCGCCAACAUUCAGUCACUGUCACAGAGGCAUGUGACGACGAUGCUGCGCUUCUGCAGCUUCCAAGAGGACCAGCAAGAAAUGAUCCAGACUGCCUUCAUCGACCGGCUCAAAAGUGAUGCAAACGCGUCCAUGCAUCACGCCGGCCUCCAGAAUGUGAGCCAUCCAGACGUGGCAGCGUUCGAUACAUUCAGUGCCAUUGGUGGCAUGCGCUCGCCGCAAGACGAGACCCAGGCUGUCCCUGUCUUGCCGCAGGGCGGGCUCGGGCACCACCGAACCACAGCCAAGGCGCUGCUCGAAGCAGCCAUAUCGCUUGAUAUCCUCUCCCAGCCACAACUAGUGUUCUGCCUAGCGACGGCAAUCUGCAGCUUAGUGCUGGUUGGAGAGUUGGCAUCUUUUCAAGGGUUCGAGCACAGUCGCUUCUUCUCCUCUCUACUUGCUGCUAUGAGCCUUGUCGGCACCAACCUGGCAGAACAUGCCAAUCUGCGAGCUGGCAUAGGUGUCCUGGAUCUGAUCUAUGCCAGAUUCGUCAUGCUCGCGUUUACAGGUGUCGUGCUCGUCAGGUUCCACCCGCGCAAGCCUGCCGCACUUCCAGGGAAUCCUGAGCAAGCCAUUCAGAUGUUGCUGGGUACUUUCUCUGUCAGCGCCAGCUCCAUGCUGCUCUGCGGUGGUGUGCAUUUGGCACCUGGAACAUUUGUCCUGUCGGGACUGGCAACUUUGUCAAGCUUCGGCGCCGUGUUGAAGCAGUGUAUUCUUAGGGAGCAGAUUGAGUGGGACGAGAGCUUGGCUUCUGUGGGACUCCUGCUUUCCGUGCUGCCAAUGCUGAGUGCUGCUGCUCAUAGUAGCCAGGCGACCCUUCUCGGCAUAGUCUUGGGGCUUUUAGCCGCCAUAACGUUGGCGACGUCUGCCUUGGUGCAACGCAAUCUGUGUGGAACAGUGCAUCAUACGGUUCUUCUGACAUGGUCAGGUGGAGUAGGGCUCAUCAUGUUCAGUCCGGUGGCCCUCAUCUUUCCCGAAGAAGCUCGCGUUUUAUGGACCUUGAACUGGCCACACUUCGCCUGCAUGUUCUUGUACGGUUCCCUGAGCUUGGCGUCCACCACACUUCUACUCAAGGUGGCAAACAGCUCCUUGGGAAUAAAGGCAGAGGCAAGUUAUGUGUUAUUUGCUGGGAUCGCUGCUGGUUGUCAGUACAUAUCAGACAUUGUACUCCUUCACAGCGACUUCCCUUUUGUGGUGCAAACCAGCUUCGCGCUCGUACUUACAUUUCUUACAUUUUCUUAUCUGGUAUCCUGCAGACAAAUUAUUAGAGUAGAGGAGUGUAUGAGCAUGGCGGGCAGUCUUCAGUUUGAACCGCAGCGAUUCAGCCAAAGGCUAUCGCAACAAGCGGAAAACGACAUGUAG